AUGAAAGUUAUACCAUUCCUUCCACAAAGAAAAAUACAAUCAUUUGCACAAAAAUCCUCAGGCGCAUCAUCGCCUCAAAGUCAUUUAACUUGCCAACCUCCAUCAUUAAAUGAAUUACUCCUUGGCAGAAGCUAUUGUAGAAAUGAGCAAGCACUACAUCCAUGUAAUACAAUCCUUUGUGAUUUAUCACUAGCUGAACAAGAUGUUAAAUUUGCUUUGGUGACAAUACCUUCUUCCACUAUAUAUAAAAUAUUAAAGAUAAACAACAUGAGAGAUGCUCAAGCAAGAGAACAAGCAAGAAGGAUGGGUUAUGGUUUCUGUUUAUUUGACUUUGUAUCUAACACCAGUUUCAAAAGCAGAUAUAUUCCAAUUCAAGCAAAUGCUCUUUUUGAUUUGUUUUGUUCAAUUGAUUUUGCUGACAUGGACUAA